UCAGCUCCUCCUCACCGACCCCACGGCCAAUCAAAUUAUUUUGGAUUGACCUCACCACCCAAUUAAACUCUCUCACUCAGUUUAUCUUAGCUUCGCUUUGUUUUUGUAGUUUCCUGUAUUAUUCAACAAAACACAACGCCACUAGAGUUUAGUUUGAUCAGCAACCCUCUGCUCUUCUUCUUCCUUAAACAAGCAAAACAAAAAAAAAUAAUUAUGGGUGGAGAAGGAAAGGUCUAUACUUUGGCUGAGGUUUCUCAACACAACAAUGCCAAAGACUGUUGGCUUAUCAUUGAGGGCAAGGUAUAUGAUGUGACUAAAUUCUUGGAGGAUCAUCCUGGUGGUGAUGAGGUCCUGUUGUCUGCAACAGGGAAAGAUGCAAGUGAUGAUUUUGAGGAUGUUGGUCAUAGUAGCAGUGCUCGGGCAAUGAUGGAUGAGUUUUACGUGGGUGACGUCGAUACAUCAACUAUCCCAACUAAGACCAAGUACACCCCUCCCAAGCAGCCUCACUAUGAGCAGGACAAGACCUCGGACUUUGUUAUAAAGCUUCUCCAAUUCCUCGUUCCCCUGCUGAUCUUGGGAUUGGCCUUCGGAGUCCGCUUCUAUACCAAAUCACCUGCUUAAGCAUCAAGACCACAACCCAGAAUGGAAAAACUUCUCAAUAUUAUUAUUAUGUUAGUUUAAACGUUUGUUUGGAACUGUUACAUAUUGAGGGAUGGUUCGAAAUACUAUAUUUACUCGUUCUGUUUAUUGACCAGUUCCCGGUGCCCCAUUUUCAAUGUAAUAUCGUCCUCUAUGGCAUGUACCCAGUAAAACUACCCUUUCUUUCUGGUUUGGUAAUCUUCAAAAUCUGUCUCUUUAAAAGCA